CGGAACCUUUGACACGAAGCCUCGGUUUCUCCACGGAGCACUCUUCCGCUGGCGGACUGUGAAAUGACAUAAUGGUAAACACAGUGAGUCAAGCCACAAACUCUCUGUUCCGUGACCUCACAGCCACCUGACUGGCCAAGAGAGCACCGAUAAUAAUGCUGAUGGUCGAUUUUUGACAUCACAUCUUCCGCAAUUUGUCUCUUUUUACUGUUUUUGUUGCCCCGAGUGUGUGGAUGUGGCCAAGUAUCUGUGUUUGCCGCCCAUAUUGGCUCAAUUAGGAGAGUCUCAAGCUGCUGCCUGUCUUGUUGAGCUCUGGCAUGAUGCCCCUGUAGCUUUCCCCAAGAGGUAGAGAUUCACUAUUGGAAAAGGAAAAGUGAAACUCUGGACAAAGGCCUUAUCUUGAGGCGGGGAGCAGGACUUGGCUUCAGGCAGCAGUUUGUGAAGCCUGUAGGCUGCUUGGAUCUUCCUCACCAAUUAUUAGCUCAUCAAAGUACCUAAUAGUCUAGUUUGCUUUGUUGGACAUGUGGAUCCUGCUAAUGGGGUUUCUGCCCCCGUCUUGGAAAAAUAUCUAGUUGUGAGAUUUACAGCUCAGGGGUAGACCCAGCCAUGGAGGGUCUUGAGCAACUUGACAUGGUGGGCGAUAUCAGCCCGGCCUUGGAGGCAACUGAGGACUUUAUCCACUGCAUGGAUACACAAGGCCAAGGUCCAAGCCAGGUCCAACCAGGGAACGUCCAGCCUCCCAGGCAACCCAAGCAGCUGCAGGAGGUGUCCACUGUGGCGCUGGGGAAGCUGAGCUCCAGCGGCGUGUGGGGCCUACUGGCCGGAGAGCAGCCAGAGGUGGGCCCCUUAGGCCUGGCGUGGGCCGACAACUUCAGUGUGUUAGGGCUUGGGAUGGGCUUGAGGCACGGCAAGAGGAGCCGGGCGCGCUCCACCAAUGACCUGGCAGCCCACUCCAAGGAGUGUACCAACAACACCGCCAACUCCUCAUCCAAAUCAGCCUUCAAGAAGGGUCACAACCGGUCCAGAUCUGACUUCAACUACCGGCCGUCAGCCUACACCGACAAUGGUCUGCCCACCGUGGACUGCAGCACAUUGAAGAACAUGAUCCUCAACCACCAGCAAGGAGCUGAUAAAAGCAGCGUUAGCAGCAGCAGUGUGGUGAAGCAGGGUGGGAUGGAGCAGCGAGAGGGGCCCCGGGGCCGCUGGACAUCCUGUCACGUUGAGCUGACACCCUGCGAGCUCCGGCUGUACAUUCUGGACAGCAGCGCCAACCGCCAGCUGGGCACUGCCUACUCUCUGUCACACUGCCAGAGCGUCAUCUCACCAGCACCCUGCAGUCAGCCCGGCCAAAUCAGCCAGCCUGCCGAUCAACGCACGCUUCAAGCUUUGUUCUUCAACAGCACUCGUCUCCAGCUGAGGGCGGCUAGCCAAUGGGAGGCCAUGGAGUGGAGACGGCUGAUGUGGGAGAAGGUGCAGGCAGCCAGACCUGUGAGGCAGGAGAACCGGCAGUGUAAGACCGCAGUGGAAAAUCAGCAGGUCGCCAAGUUUCCCGCACCCAUGUCCCCGUCCUCGUCCCCCUCUCCGUCCGGGCUUGACACCAGACCUGAUGGUGAGAGCGAAGCAGAGGCCUCGCUCCCUUUUCAAUCUAAUUCUGGCAUCGUGAGCAGACCCACCACCCUUCCUCUGUUCACUCAACCCUGCCAGGAGGUCCUCAAAGCUGGUCUUCUCCACCAGCUGAUGGACCAGAACAACUGGCGGACCUUCACCUUCGUCCUGACCAGAUCUGCUCUCCAAGCCUUCCCCACUGAGGGCCGGGGGUCUGUGUCCCAGCCCGUCCUCCAGUACUCCCUGGCAUCUUGCUUGGCUGUGCAGCACGAUCAGGAGCUAGAGAACGGGGAGCCGUGGACGGAGAGAAGGGAACAGUUCCAGGUAGUUUUCCCCAAGGACGUGCUCCGACUUUGGGCUGAUGAUCAACUGAAGGGCAAGGAAUGGGUGGAGAUGCUGCGAGAGGCAGUGGCGGCACAGAGGCCUGCACAAGAAGAAGGUGGAGAAGCGGGAGAAGGAGCUCCAGGCCUCCAGGGAGUGCUGUUAAGAUCAAAACCGUCUCGUGAGAGGAGGCAGCGGGAGGCCCAGAAAGCCAAGAGGCAGUCAGUCACCACUAGUUUCCUCAGUAUCCUCACCUGUCUGGCUGUGGAGAAGGGACUCACAGCUCAGAGCUUCAGAUGUGCAGGUUGUCAGCGUCCAGUCGGCCUGUCCAGAGGAAAGGCAAAGGUCUGCUACUACAGCGGCUGGUACUACUGCCAGAGCUGCCAUCAGGACAACUCCUUCCUCAUCCCAGCUCGCCUGCUGCACAACUGGGACACCAACAAGCACAAGGUUUCUAAACAGGCCAAAGAAUUCCUGGAGUUUGUGUAUGAGGAGCCUCUGCUUGACGUCCAGCAGCUCAACCCUUGUCUGUAUGAGCACUGUGAGCCUCUCAGCACUGUGCUACGUCUCCGGCAGCAGCUACAGUCGCUGCGGGCCUACCUGUUCAGCUGCCGGGCAACCAUUGCCGAGGACCUCCGACGAAGGAUCUUUCCCAGAGAAUAUCUGCUACAGCACAUUCACCUGUACUCCAUGGCAGACCUGCAGCAGGUGAUUGAUGGAAAACUGGCUCCCUUCCUGUCCAAGGUGAUCAAGUUCGCCAGCUCCCAUGUUUUCAGCUGCAGUUUGUGUCGAGAGAAAGGCUUCAUCUGCGAGCUCUGCCAAAACGGACAGGUCAUCUACCCCUUCCAGGAGAGCGCCACCAAGAGGUGCGACGGCUGCGGUGCCGUUUUCCACACCGAGUGUCGACAGAAGGCUCAGCCGUGUCCCCGCUGCGUCCGGAGGGAGCUGCACCACAAGAGGCCGUCCUCCUUUUGGUCUCCUGAUGACGACAGCCCCGGGUGUUUUCACCUGCCUUACCAAGACACCUGAGACACACACACACACACACACACACACAAGCAGUAUCAACGGGCGCUGCUGGGCCGAGACACCGGGACAGAGCGUCGGUGUUUGUGUGUUUCCAGGACGGUCUCGGUCAGAGCGUGAUCUCGUCGUCAGGUUUGUGUUCGUGUGUGUUUACCUGAUCUACACACGCCUGAACGCAGCAGGGACAACUGAAGAACUGCUGCACCAGACUUCACACAACCAACUACUCGUGUUUUGUCGUCAAAUAUCUCGUCACAUGUCAACGUCAGCCUCCGCCAUCGUCACCCCUUCACCUCCCCCACAACCCCCCACUGUUUGUUUUAUUCCAGGAGUCAAAACGUGCAACAUCACAGCAGGUGAACUGGAGAACCUCAGACUGAGGGCUGGAACUUGUUGGUGUUUUAUUCUGAACAGCAUCUUCCGCCUGCUUGUAAAGUCACACUUGAGUUCAGAGAUGAAACGCUUUGUCCACAGACACAAUUAGAUUCUGGUGAAACAUUUUCUGGUGCGGAGUCUUCGCUCCCUUUUCUUUUGAGCGGUCAAAGAAAAGAAAUUGAAAAAAUCUCCUUGACUUCUAAAGUGAUUUAAAACAUUUUGUCUUUGUUUACAGCAAAAACAUUUGCAGGGAAACAGCAGCUGAUUCUUGUCUCUUAUGACAAUGGAAUGAAAUAUUAAAGGGAAUUCUCACAUUUGUUCAAGUCUUUUAAUUUAAUGUUUACAACUGAUUUCAAUUGAAGUGAUGAUGGAGAAGAUUCGCCUGCGUUUUGAUGCAAACACUCAGUUUAUCCCAAGUUAACGAGGAUUCAGCAGCGCCGGUCGAAUCAGGCGGAAUCAUACGCAAACGUUUUCUAGUGUUAAGUUUCUGUUUCGUGCUGAAUCUCAGCGAGGAAACGAAAAAAUAAAGUGAAUUAAAAAAAACAGGAUUUGUUUUACUGAUAUCCUGGAGUCAACUUUAAUUUUAAAGCAAAAACUAAGAUUUUCUUUAUCGUAUAUAUUUCACAGUAAAAUCAAUAUCUUUCAGUUGUGAAGAAGCAAUUUGAAAAAGAAGCAGCCGUCGAUUUAUUUUGGAGGAAAUCUGAGUUUUGGGGAAAAUACAGAUUAAAGGUGGGAGCGUUGAUUAUGCUGCAAAGAUGGCCGACAAACUUCCAACUUAUUCAACUUGAAAUCUGUUGUAACGAGCUCAAUAUUCACGUUCUCAUAAUAAUAAUAUCUAUUUGUAAAGCACUUUUCAAUACAAUUAACAAAGUGGUUCACAACAAACAAUAUAAAAUGAACUAAUAAUAAUAAUGAUAAAGAUACAGGUUAUUAAAGUCAAAGACAUGAAGCAUUUAUGUUCACAUCUCAGCGGAGAUUCUUCCAUCAGAUCAGGGAUCAUUCAGGAUUCAAGCGGAACCAUUGUAUUUGGAUGUUUUAACAAAUAAUAAUUAUUAGUUUUAAUCGCUGUGAUUGAACUUUUGGAAAAAGUUCUUCUCUUUCAUCACAUCUCAUCCUCUUCUCCUCACACUCAGUGUCAGAGACAGUAAUUUAACCUGUAGACGUGAGAUGAAGGACGUUCGUCAACUCGUUUUUAUCAGUUUCUUUAUGUAAAUGUUCAGUGUAAAGAGGUUUUUCAUUUUAAGAAGACUCUGAGUCUGAGCACAUUUUCUUCUCUAACUGUAAAAUACCAGAGGCAAUAAUCUACUGUAACUUCUCUUUCAUUGUUGCCUUCCCCUCCUCCUCCCUUCCUCCUCUCCUCCUCUCCUCCUCUCCUCCUCCCCUCCUCCUCUCCUCCUCUGUGACUCUUCCUCCUGUCGUGCUUUAUUCAUGUAGAAUCUAUCCAACGUGAUAGCAGCUUUAGCUUUUAGUAUUUCUAUGCAACCUAGACGGCCUUUAUGAUCCACUGCUUUCAUACGUGUAAAGGUCUGGAAACUCUUCUUCACGUUUUCUUGAACUCAUCACAACAGCCACAGUUCCGUCCAGUUUUCAUAAAAAAUUUACUGAAAUUUUACUGAAAUUUUGAAAAAAACCACAGAGAUCUUGAAUUUUUUGAGUAAAUUCCCGAAAGACAAAAAAAACUAAACCACAGAAAUUUAAUUUUAGUUUUAGAGUCCAAUGUUUUUCAUCCCAAAUUUUGAAUUGCCCCCCAAAAAAAUUCAAUC